GGAAACUCUGGAAAUCUGCGCAGACCUGCGCCCGGGCGUCUCGGACUCACCCGCGGCCACGCCGGCUUACCCCCCGUUCACAGCCCGUGUGUGCUCCGGGCCCCAGAGCAGGCGCGGUGGGAAGCCGGGCCAGUCGCCUUUGAUUGUCUCUUCCGUUCCCCGCCCCCCUCCUUCAAAUAAGUGUGUUUCUGUCACAGGGGUGAAGGUUACUUAAUUAAUUGACCUUGACAAUUAAACUGCUGGAAGCGCUAAAUGUUCGCUUCCUCCACUUCGUCACCCGUGGCUUCAUAAUUUCCUGCGGGCCGCUUUGUGUCCAGGGGAUGCGGACACCGGUGCCUUGUGAACAGCCUCACCUCAGCCCGUGUGUAAAAACAGCGGGGGCCCCGAGGUGGUUUUGACCUGAGGAGUGUUCGGGAGCAAGGGAUAAAACCCUGUGCUUCUCGGCCUGCCCUACCUCUGCGUUUAAAGCCGUAUAUUCAAAGCCUGUAACAAAAGUGGUUGUUUGCCUGAGACUUUGCCCUCUUUGCCGCAAGUCUCUUGGCUCUGAACUUUCUGCUUUCUCUGCCUUCAGCUCGCUGCCCUCCCCCGUUCCAAAGCUGCCCAAAGCCGCAUCUGGUGGCUGGGUUUGUUACCCAUUGUCCUGGUGGUUGGGUUUGUCACCCUUUCUCCUGGACCGAGCAGCAGAUUUUUAAGCUGUUUCUGCUGCGGGUGACCAAGCUGCUCUUUUGUAGGAAAUCAGCACGGCGGAACGAGCAGGAUUAAAGGGUGUAGCUUUGGCUGGGCAGCCUGUCUGGGGAGGAGGGCCCGGGGCUGGGCUGAGGCUCUGCUCUGGGCUGGUGGCUGCGAGGUCUGGCAUUUGUGCAGAGGCACUGAGCACUCGAGCUAAAAUGGGCUGUUGCAGACACAGAUCAGCUCCAGGCAAUGAGUGACAACGAGCAGGACUGGCUGGCUCUGAAGCCCCAGGAACCUUCUCCAUCCCAGUGCUGCGGCAGCGGCUGCAAGCCCUGCAUCUACGAUGUUUACGAGAAGGAGCUUGCACAGUGGGAGAGAGCCAAAGCAAUGCAAGACAAAAGCCUUCUCAUGGGAAAGAAGGAGCAGAGCAAUAAUUCAGAGCUGAAUCCAGAUACAUUCACUGCAUUCAGUGUGAGCUCGGUGGAGCAGCUGACAGAGGACACCUACCAGUACAAAUUUGAAUUACCAGGAAAUAGCAGCCUGCGAUUGAGUUUAGGACAACAUAUCGUGUUAAGAGGAGUGGUGAAUGGUUUGGAGGUCCAGAGAGCCUACACUCCAAUUAGCCCCAGGAAUGCAGAAGGUUACUUUGAAGUUCUAAUUAAAUGCUAUGAAGCUGGGCUAAUGUCACAAUACAUAAAAACAUGGAAAAAAGGAGACGUGGUCUUUUGGCGUGGGCCGUUUGGAGGGUUCCCGUAUCAGCCUAAUAAGCACGGAGAACUCCUCAUGCUGGCCUCUGGCACUGGCCUUGCACCAAUGAUCCCCAUCCUCCAGUCCAUAACAGAUGAUGAAGAGGAUGAAACCUUUGUAACUCUUGUUGGCUGCUUCUCUACCUUUGACAAAAUUUAUUUAAAACCUCUUCUGCAGGAUUUGGCUCGCUACUGGAAUAUUAGAAUAUAUUAUGUCCUCAGCCAGGAAACUUCACUGGAAAAACUUCCUUGGAGCUAUCAGGAAAACACCUACACUGGCCGUCUCAAUGAGGACUUGAUGAAGACAAUAGUAAAUUCCUGUCGAAGAAAGCCAUUUGUAUUAAUUUGUGGCUCUUCUGCUUUCAAUGAAGAUAUGAGUAGAUACUUGAAAGCUGCAGGAAUUGAAGAAGAUUCCUGUUUUGUCUUUUAGCAGGACAUU